CCAAGAGACGAAGAGAGCGCAGCCAUUGCGCUUUGAGACCAAUGUCUGUCAUCCACGUGUGCCUCGCACCGCCCCUCAAUUAAACACCAAAGUAACAGCACGUGGCGAGCAGCAGCUCAUGAAGCGAAGCACGGAUUCAUCUAAGCGCGACACUUUCAACAGAGAAAAUACAAGCCGUAUUGGCACUUUUCUCGUGACCCCGUGGCGGCCGCUUCUGGCGGGUCUCGCUAUUGUCUUGCCAGACUGACCACCCACAAGACCGCAAGAAAAGUCCCAGGAUUGUCAACGAAACCACGCACAGCACAACAGAGACACGUGCAUCCCUCGCCCUCCCCGUGUGGAAUGAGAUCCCAUCCACCCCAUACCUGAACACACACCAGCGAGCCCAUCCAGCUAGCUGCCAUUAUACUACCACACACAGAGAGGAAGAGAUGGCUGCAAGGACGACAUGUCGUCACGGACGAUGCGCGUACAAACGAAAAGAUGCCGUCCUAGACGCCCCAGCUGCGCUGCCUGUACUCGAAACACCAUUCACCCACUCGCUGAGUCACUACCUGGCCCACCACACGGUAACGCAUUCACUCACUACGAUGAGACCCAUGCAGAUUUCGUCCAAAAAGAUGCGAUGUAACACUGAUGGCUGAUUGACAGGCCUACGACCCGCGUAAUAAUGGAACAAAUGACCUAUAAAGGACGUACGGACACUCUCGGUGGGCGUGUGCAUGUGCAUGUAUGUAUGUAUGUAUGUAUCCGAUGACAAUACAACUGACUGCAUGUAAUGUACGUGUGCAAUCAAUACAGCACAGCGGUCACUCACUGACUCUCGACUACAUUCCGGUUCAUGUACCGCCGCAUGUACUCGAGACACUCCUCACGCGCACCCACAUCGCUCAAGUAGCCUGCAGCCAUGCGCAUGGUACAGACACGGGAGAAACAAAGCGACAAGAUAUGAGACACACCGAGGUCGCCGCACGUUUCUUUCACCAACCAUUGUGGCUGACGAAUCCAUCGGGUCUGACGACGGUGAACGCGCCGUAGUGUUUGCCGAUGACUCGCUGGAUCAUGUCCUCGAGCGACUCCUCCUCGACCACUGACUCCUCCUCUUCGUCUUCAUCCUCAUGCUCCUCGUGCCACGGCUGGAGGUGGCUCCCCCAACCAGAGAGAAACCCCCCGCUCGGCUUGGGGUCCAGCCCGUACUUGAAACGAGUCGCAACCUACAGGGGGAAGGAGAGAGCAGAGGGGAUGAGAUGGACUGACAGUACAUCGACGCUGGUGGCUGACCUGUCCUUCGGGGUCCCAGCCAAUCCACAGGGCGUUCUCCUUGUCAGAACUCCUGCAUACAUCACACGGAAAAUGAACACCCACACAGACGAAAGCGCGUCCGGCCUUCUCGUCUCACCUUGUGGUUGUUGCGAAUGCGUCAUUGAGGAAGUUGAGGCAUUCCUGCGCCUGCAGGCGGUAGGCAGCCCCCGCUGGCUGUUGACCGAUGGGCAGCUGCAGGCCCUUGCCCCCAGCCGCACUGGCCACUGUCUGGGUCGUGUCGGGCUCGUGGUGUUUGACGGGCGGCAGCGGGGGACGGAUGCUGGGCCUGUACACAGCGAGACAGAGAACGGUUGAUGCAUGAGAUCACUGUCCAGCUUGUCGUGUGUUGGUGUCGUACCUGCCGGUUGUGAAGACAAACAUGACUCUGACGCCUCCCCAUGGAGUGCUCGAUGGUGCGCCCACCAGCCGCUGGACGUGAGCACCAAACUUGACGGUAUCAGCCAGCAUGGCUGCAUUCGCCUCUGCACGACAAACAAAGGUACACAGGAGGACAUCCACUCAUCCACUCCCUAUGUGCAUCUAUCUCCUCGACCGUUCCCCACCUUCGAUCGGCACAUCCACGGGCGCCUUCUUGUGGACCUCAUGCAUCUCCCCUCCCUCCUCAUGCUCCUCGCGGUAAGCAGCGGCCUCACACCAUGACCGCGGCAGGAAUCGGCCCAGGUAGGUGUUGGCGAGACCCAAGGCCAGCGGCCGGGGCCUCUUCGCGCCCUCCUCUGUGUCCUUGGUGCUCUCCCCUGCCUUGAGUGAUGACGCCGGUGUGCCGCUCGGGGUGCCGUGGGAGCCCUUAUCGGUCGAGAGGGGCGAUGUGGGGAGGCGGAGAGUGCAGAUGAGUGUGUGGUGGGGGCCGGCGAGGAUCUUGUGCAGCCUCGUGAAGGUGAACGUGUCACGCCCGUCGAACUAACACCCACACACAGCCGCACACGAGGAGAGCGAUCGAUCACGCACCUUCUCAGGCUUCUGUGGUUUGGUGGUGGUUUGGUGGUGGUUUGUACGUGUGCGAGUAUGGCGUCCGGGCAUCUUUCGCCCGGCUGUAGUCCGCAACGGAUGUUCUUCUUGCCGGUCAGCCUGGUGUUGGUGGGGUAUCGUUGGCCGAUCUGGCUGACUUGUCGGGUGAACAUCUGGUUGAACCAGCCUUUCUUGUUCAAACCCCAGGGCGCGAUGUGCUGAAGCGACCAAUUCACCCACAAAUCUGCAUGCUCAGACAGACGAGGGGACAGAGAAUGGACAUGAGCAGACCAGAACACGGGCGUUUGCCCUGUUUGUUGCCCUUCUCACUUCCUUCAGCAAUUUGGUGGCCUGGGAUGGUCGCCAGGCGCUUCAUGGACGCUGAGAGAACAUCAAAGGCAGAUCCAAGCGAGUGAUGCCAGUGUUGCCUGCCUGUCCGCCGCUCUUUACCGUUGAGUGGUCGUCUCUCCUCGUCGUAUGUGUCGAUCACCACAGGAUAGGCGCCACCCUUGAUGACGCGAGCCAACUUCCAACCCAAGUUCAGGGAGUCCUACAGGCAGGCCACAACAGAAAGAAGAAGAUGGGUCGCUCUACCUACCCAAAUGGAGGAGGUGUACUGGCUUUCACCUACCUGCACGCCGCUAUUCAUGCCUUGGUAGAAGAAGGGAUGGUUGACCGUCGCCGCCUCGCCACACAGAAUGACGGAGCUCUUCUGGAAUGUCGACGCACACCGAGACACAAUGGGGGCAGCAUGCACCCAAAACAGCUCAACCACACGGGUGUCAGCCACAACCUGACGACCCAGAACACACAAGCACCGACGAAACCAGUGAGUGUAUGGCGCCACACUCUGGGCCGGACAGCCCUGCUCACCGUCUGCAGGAUUCUCUCCAGCUCCUGUUUGCCAGGCAGCGCCUCAUCGAGAUCCACCACAUCCACACUCUCCUUGUGUGUGGGCUUUGCGUAGACCAGCUCCUCCUCCUUGAUGCCGGCCACGCCCUCGUCUCUCUCGUCGGCCUCCCUGCCGAUGCGCUCGUACCUCUUGAGCUCCGGGAAGGUGGCCGUGGUGACGUCAGUCUUGCCCUCGCUGCCUUGGUCGCUGGGCAGAGUGGGGGCCGUGCUGCUCGUGGCGCUGCCGCGGGUCACGUCGGCAUGGUGGGGCAGAUGGCUGCGUGAGAUGAGAGAAAACAUGAUAAUGUGCAUGCGUCGACGGAUUGGUGUGCUCGUGGUUGUGGUGUGGGUUUGGGUGUGCAGUGCACCUACCUGGGCAGUUUAAACCAUUCGGGGUCGAUGUGGAGUUUGUCCCGGUGCCUGUGGACGACGGUGAGACGCCAGUGGUCGUCCAGCAUCAGGUGGGCGCACACGGCAUAGCCCUUGGAGAGGAGAAGGAAGCACAUGUUCAGAUGCGGAGGAAUGCUCCAGUGCUGCACACACACACACAAACACACACACACAAACAGACAGACAGAAAGAGAUGCACAGACGACCUGGUACGUCUUCUCACCCUCAUCUUUCUCACCAGCUUGGCGUCUGCCAUGAUGAACUUGCUGGACUCCACCUUCUCGUGGCACGGUAUACCCGCCAACCGCCUCACGAGCGAUGUGGCGCCGUCACACCCAACAAGAUACCUGACAAACACAGCCGCCAACACAACAGCCAGCCGCAUGGAUCUGCCAUCCUGCAUGGCCAGGCCAUGGAGCCCACCUGGCUUUGAGUUUGCCCUCCUUGCCCUCCUGCUGUCUGUCCUGCCACACGAUGGUCGUCCCGUCAUCGGUGUUGUCGACGAGCCUGACCAUCUCGACGGCCCUGAUGCGGUGGGGGUCGAUGUGUCGGUGCAUGAUGGCGAUGAGGUGCUUCUGAUCCAGCUUGAUCGGGUGUGGGUAGUGGGUCUUGAGGGUGGUCGUGUCAUACUCCCAGUCGACGGCCACUUCGCCGUCGACAUAAUAGCGGUCGCCGUUGAGCACUUGACCAGCUUUCAGGACCUCAUCGAUUAGACCCAAAUCUGACACACACAAGCAAAAAGUCAGAGGAGUGCGCACACAGAGAUUCCUGCGUCUUGCAUCGCUUGCUCGGUCACCUUCGAAGGCCUCGAGGGUGCGGUUCUGCAGCACCAUGGUGCCAUAACUGACCACACACAGGACCACCAAUACACAGUUACUCGUAGCAAUCGUCGGUGAUUCUCACCAUUCCUCCGCCUCUUCGCCCUCCCCCCUGCCGGAUGCCUUCCUCUGCUUCUCGUGCCCAGACGACGAUAUCAUGACGUAAUCCAUCCCCCUCCUCUUCAAGUCAAUAGCCAAGGUCAACCCAGUGACGCUUGUCCCCACAAUGACGACGUCGACAGUGUGAGGCAUCGGCGGCGGAGGGCCG